AUGAAGCCUCAUCCAAAUCUCGAUCGUUUUGUUCGAGUUAUCGAAGAAAUGGCGCGUGAAUACGUGGUACUUCGCAGAAGUAUCAUCACAGGUGAUGCUACAGCUCCCGUGCGGUCGAAUUUGCGCUUUCCUAGGGCAGUUGCCUUACCAGAUAUGGAAAAUGAAGAAGACUCUGACAGUGAACCCGAUAUUGUAGAUGUUAUUGAGGUGUUUCAGGAUGAUGCUAGCUCAGGUCUCUCAGACGACGAACUAGGCAUAUUGUACAACACUUCACUUGACUAUGAAGAGGAGGAAAAGUGUGAGUGA